AUGCCCGUGUCUACAAAGCCUGAAGCAGAAAAUAAUAAACCGAAAGUGGAGCCAAAAAGCUCCGACCAUCCUCCUAAUUCUGAAUGUACCUCAUCGAAUUCUGCUACAAAUACUGCUACCGCCUCUUCGUCUGUUGUCUCAAUUAAAAGGGAGGACAAUGGCAGUGCUUUUAACGUAGGCGGAAAUUCAAAGAGGACUUUUAGACCAAGAAGGGGGUGGCAGAGAGAGACUAUGAAGAAAUCUAGAGGUACUCUUCCACUCGUGUACUCUUCUCCUUCAACAUAA